AUGAUAAAGGCCGUGAUGAUGAUGAACACACAAGGCAAACCACGGCUAGCCAAAUUCUACGAUUACUUGCCUGUAGAGAAGCAACAAGAGCUCAUCCGCGGCGUAUUUUCAGUAUUGUGCAGUAGACCUGAGAACGUAAGCAAUUUUCUGGAGAUCGAUUCAUUGUUUGGCCCGGAUUCUCGGCUUGUAUACAAACACUAUGCUACUCUCUAUUUCGUGCUCGUGUUUGAUGGUUCGGAAAAUGAACUUGCUAUGCUUGAUCUCAUUCAAGUUCUUGUUGAAACACUGGACAAAUGUUUCAGUAAUGUCUGCGAACUCGACAUUGUGUUCAACUACAGCAAGAUGCAUGCAGUUUUAGACGAGAUUGUGUUUGGAGGACAGGUACUAGAAACUAGUUCCGUGGAGGUCAUGAAAGCUGUUGAAGAAAUAUCAAAAUUAGAAGCUGCCUCGAAUUCGAUUUCGCUUGUCCCGAAGUCUGUUUCUGGGUGGCGUGGCCGAUAG